AGGCAGUCCGCGCCGCCCAGCGCGGUGGUCCAAGACGAACCAGAGCCAGAGGAGUCUCUCGACGCUGGCGCCGACGCAGAGUCCCAGGUGCCCUCGGUGAGGAGGGAGAAGAGCUCUGGCAGGUUGAAAAGGGAGAAGAGUGCUGGCGCUGUCGGCGGAGCAGAGGCCACCGCGCCGCCCGCGCAGAUGGAGGUGCAGAUCUCCUGCGUGGUGACGAACGUCAGUUACGACGCGCUCAAGGCGGACGCAGGCCUGCUCGGGAAGUUCGAGGCAGUCAUGAAGCAGGCCCUUGCCGAGGAGUGCGGCAGCGGCGUAACGCCAGAGAGCAUUCGGCUGGCGCUCUCCGCGGGCUCGGUGAAGGUGCAGGCGACCAUCCUCCCGCCCUCUGGAGCUGAGGCGACCGCCAUCGCCGCCAGCCUGAAAGCCUCCGACAAGCUCUGCCCCAAAAUCCAGGCACUGGUGGAGGAGCUGCUCCGAGACGCCGAGGGCCUCAAGGAGAACGCCGACGCCGCCAUCUCGGUCGGCAGCGUGACGGAGCCCGCGGUCGUGGGCGCCGCGGCCGCCGCCGCCGAGGGCGCCCCUGCAGACGAGGGGAGCGCGGCCGCGGCGGCAGACCCGGACGCGGCCCCCGCGUCGCCGGACGGCGAGCCCGAGGGCGGCCGGCGGAAGAAGGCGAAGAAGGAGAAGAAGGAGAAGGGCCGUCGGCCCUCGAGGACCGGCAGGGUCGUCGUCGAGGAGGGCGGCGGGAGCCGCCCCCACUCCAGCGAGGGCCCGCGCCAGCGCCGCCCCUCCAGGGACGCCGCCAGCGCGGAGGAGGGCGAGGAGGGCAGGGCGGGGGAGCGCGCGCGCAGGAAGAGGGAGAAGAAGGACAGAGAGGCGGCCGGGGAGGAGGAGGCGGCCGCCGACGAGGAUGCCGAGAAGAGGCCGAAGGACCGGACGCGGAAAAAGAGGGAUUCUGACAGGCCCCCGCACUUGGUACCCGCGCAGGCGCCAGAGGAGUCCAGCCAGUCUCCUGCACCCGCGGCGGACAGGCGGAGUGGCAUGGGCAAGUCGCUGAAGAAAAAGGACCUCAAAGCCAGCAGGAGCCCGAGCGAGCGCCAAAUGCGCAAGGAGAGAUCUGACGCCGGGAUGGGGGCAAAAGAGCCUCCUGGCGCAACCCACGAGUUGGACCUCAGCACGGCCAUGGGGUUGCCGGCCGCCUCCGCAUUCGCAGGCAUGUACGGCGGUUUGCCCGGCACUGGUUUGCGCGGGCUGGCAGAGACCAACGACAGGCUGCCAGAGUUGGUCGGGAGGCCAUCUGCCAACAACUUCAAGUCCCCCGCUUAUGUGAGGAAAGCGUACCGUCAUGGCACUGUCGGAGUGGGGCCGCCGUACUUCCUGAACGAGCCUGAGCAGGAGUACUCGCCGAAUUGGACGUGUGCCCGCUUGAUGGACGCCGCGCUCGAGACGGAAGACUGGAGGCGCUGCUACAGCUCCAUAGCAGACAAGAUUGGGCCAGUCAGCAAGCUGUCCAGAUUGGGCCCCGACAGGUCCAUCCGCAAGGUCGGCAGCGUGGGCAUGGGCAGGAGCGUCUCGCUGCCCCGCCUGAAGCAGGACGGCAGGAGGACGCUGAUGCAGCCAGGGGAGCCAUCCUCGACUCAGGAGCAGCUCUCGCAGAGCAUGAAGGAGAAGCGCCGGCAGCCAAGCGCGCCGGCACCCAAUCUCGCCGGCAGCCAGCGGCUGCCGCGCAGCAGACGAUCGGACGCGACGGAGGCGAGCGACGGAGGCGGGGCGCCGGACGAGGCCAGGGAGGCCGCGGCCCCGCGGAGGCCCCAGGAGGCCUGGGGGGAGCCUGGGAGGGGAGGGACGGCAGUCGCCGACUCCAUCGAUGCGCUCGAGGGGGAGGCUGAGGCGCCGAAGCCUGCGACGCCGAAGCACGCCACACAGGCUGCGCCGCCUGUAGUGGAGGUUGCGCCGCCUCCACUGGUGGAAGUGGCGCCCGCGCCGUUGGACCAGGCCGCUCCGCCGCCGGUGGAGCGCAAGAAGAAGAAGCCGAAGCACGUGCCGAUCAAGGUGCAGCCCCAGAAGGAGGAGCCUGUCAGCCAGGGCGAGGAGACCGACAGCGUCCAGGCCGAUGGCAAGGCCAAGAGCAAGGCGAAGGCCAAGCCCAAGGGGAAGGCCAAGGGCAAGGCGAAGACACACCCCCCAGGCGAGUCUGCCAGCUCCGUGCCGUCCGCCAGGGGGGACCGCAAAUCCUUGAAGGCGCAACAGGGGCCCCUUGGAUCAAAGGGGGCCAGGUCUUCUGGAGCCUCGGACACCGAGAAGGACGCCGCUCGGGCUGGUGAGGCGGAUGCGCAAGGCAAGACGGUGGACACAACUGCAGGGGACCACGCCAGUUCCGAAUCGAUGCCGGUGGAGCCCUCCAACGAUCCGCAAGAGAGCACCGACGACGACGGAGGCAGGGUAGCAGUCUACCUGUGCAGCUUGCUGUACCCCAGCGCAGCUGCCAGAGCCCGCGGGCGGGCCGAUCUGAUGAGGGGUGCCGAGCGGGGCACCGCCGCGCCUCCAAGCGCCCAGCCCGCAGCGGAGCUCACUGCCCCUGCGCUCCCUGGAGGCAAGGCGGCCGAGGGGCCGGACGCCGCCGCUCCUUGCGGUGCCGAGCCGCCAGUGCCGCCAGCUGCCCCUGCACCACCUGAGGGCCAGCUUGCCCAGGCGUUGAUCGCUGCCGCGCUUCCCCGCGCCGAGCCGGCAACGGAGCCUGCUGCCCCUGCGCCAGCCGAGGACAAGCGUGCCGAGGAGCUUGAUGCCGCCACGCCUGCGAGCGCCGAGCCUGCUCCAGCGGCGGUUGCAGAUGAGGCCACGCCAGAGGCUGCGCUUGCAGCGCUCACAGAGGAAGCAACGCCUGCUGAUCCCCCCGCACCAGCAGCUGAUGAGGCGAAGCUGGCCGAGGCUGCCACGCCAGCUGCAGAGGAGGCGAUGCCCGCUGACACUCCAUCGGCCGUCGCAGAGGAGGCUACGCCAGCGGCCGCACAAGCAGCACCCACCGAGGAGACGAAGCCAGUUGAGGCGGCUGCGCCAGCUGCUGAGAAGACGGAGCCCGCUGAGGCCGCCGCGCCAGCUGAGGAGGCGAAGCCCGCUGAGGCACCAGUGGCACCAGCAGAAGAGGUGAAACCAGAGGCCGCUCUGGCGGCGACCACGGAGGCGGCGAAGCCAGCUGGGGCUCCAGAACAGGCCACGCUUGCGACGCCUUCCGAAGAAUCGACGCCGGCUGAGCUCCCUGCGCCAGCAGCUGAGGAGGCGAAGCCAGCUGAGAUUGCCGCGCCAGCUGCUGAGGUGAAGCUCUCUGACGCUCCAACGGCAGCUGCAGAGACUGUGUCCAAGGCUACACCAGCAGCACCCACUGAAGAGACGAAGCUGGGUGAGGAUCCCGUGCCAGCUGCUGAGGCGAAGCCCAGUGAGGUUGCCAAGCCCGUUGAGGUCGCCACGCCAGCUGAAGAGACGAAGCCCACCGAGGCCGCCCUGCCAGCUACCCAUCCGCCAGCUGAUGAGGCGAAUCCGGCUGAGCCCCCAACUGCAAUUGCAGAGAAGGCGCAGCCAGAGGCCGCACCAGCACCGACCACAGAGGAGGCGAAGCCCACCGAGGCUCCUGCGGCACCAACAGAGGAGGCGAAGCCAGAGGCCGCACCAGCGCCGACCACGGAGGAGGCGAAACCCAGUGAGGCUCCCGCGGCAGCUGCUGAGGAGGCGAAGCCCGCUGAGGCUCCCGCGGCAGCAGCUGAGGAGGCGAAACCUGCCGAGGCUGCCGCGGCAGCUGCAGAGGAGGCGAAGCCGGAAGCCGCACCAGCACCGACCGCUGAUGAGGCGAAGCCCGCUGAGGCUCCCGCGGCAGCAGCUGAGGAGAGGAAGCUGGCCGAGGCCGCCGCGCCUGCAGCAGAGGAGGCGAAGCUGGAAGCCGCACCAGCGCCGACCACGGAGGAGGCGAAGCCCGCCGAGGCUCCCGCCGCUGCUGAGGAGGCGAAGCCAGCCGAGGCCGCCGCGCCUGCAGCAGAGGAGGCGAAGCCGGAAGCCGCUCCAGAGCCGACCACGGAGGAGGCGAAGCCCGCUGAGGCUGCCGCGGCAGCAGCUGAGGAGGCGAAACCAGCCGAGGCUGCCGCGGCAGCUGCAGAGGAGGCGAGGCCCGAUGCCGCUCCAGAGCCGACCGCCGAAGAGGCAACGUCCGCUGAGGCCCCAGCGGCAUCCAUUGAGGAGGCGAAGCCAGCCGAGGCCUCCGCGCCUGCUUCAGAGGGUGCGGAGCUGGAAGCCGCACCAGCGCCGACCACAGAGGAGGCGAAGCCCGCCGAGGCUCCCGCCGCUGCUGAGGAGGCGAAGCCAGCCGAGGCUGCCGCGGCAGCUGCAGAGGAGGCGAGGCCCGAUGCCGCUCCAGAGCCGACCGCCGAAGAGGCAACGUCCGCUGAGGCCCCAGCGGCAUCCAUUGAGGAGGCGAAGCCAGCCGAGGCCUCCGCGCCUGCUUCAGAGGGUGCGGAGCUGGAAGCCGCACCAGCGCCGACCACAGAGGAGGCGAAGCCCGCCGAGGCUCCCGCCGCUGCUGAGGAGGCGAAGCCAGCCGAGGCUGCCGCGCCAGCAGCUGAGGAGGCGAAGCCCGAAGCCGCACCGGCACAGACCACAGAGGAGGCGGAGCCCGCCGAGGCUCCCGCCGCUGCUGAGGAGGCGAAGCCAGCCGAGGCUGCCGCGUCAGCAGCUGAGGAGGCGAAGCCCGAAGCCGCACCAGCACAGACCACGGAGGAGGCGAAGCCCGCUGAGGCUCCCGCGGCAGCAGCCGAGGAGGCGAGGCCAGAGGCACCGAUCGCUGGGGAGGCGAGGCCCGCUGGGUCGCUGGUUUCACCCGAGCCAGCCCCGCAGCAGGGUUCUGCCGCCCCGGAGGCUGAGGAGGAUGUCGAGUCUGUCGCGUCUCUGCAGUCCCGACGUCACCUCUCGGCAGGCCCUGCAUCCGCGAUUUCGAUGGACGGCAGCGACUUUGGUCGGUCGAUUGUCGAGUACAAUGUUGUGUCAGACAUGAUCGGUGAUUCGAUGGCGAGUGCCACACGCGGCUACAUCCAAGAGGACGACGCUGAGUCGGUGUUGGAAUCUCGGAGGUCCAGCUCUUUCACCCUAGCUCUCCACACGAUGCUGCCCUCGACUCCCAUGAUGAGCGCACCGGCUUCGACACUGGGACUGGAGGACCAGUCGGCGGAGAAGCAGCCACCAGCUUCCGCGAGCGAGAGGUCCUCCGCCGCGCAGCCCGCAGGUGCCCCGCCGCCAGCGGCAGCCCAGAGCUCCUCUGACGCGCAGGUGCCAGUGCCCGCAGAGGUGCCGGUGGCUGACGAUGCGGGCAAGGGAAGCGCGGACCCCUCCGCAGCAGCGCUGCAGGUGGACGUCGGGAUGCGCCCUGCGAGCGAGGUGUCCUCCGUGGCAGGCGGGCAGCCCGAGGUCGCGAGCAGGAAGUCCUCGGCGACGCAGGCCGCGGGCGAGCCGCCGGAGGCUGCAAGCAGCAAGUCUUCGGCGGCGCUGCCCGCAGCGAGGAAGACGUCCUCGGCAGUGCCGCCGCUGGACCUGCAGGCGCGAGCCGGAAGCCGGAGGUCUUCGGCCGCGCAGGGCGAGGCGCCCCCCGCCGGCGAAGGCCUCCACGACGAGCAGGCAGAAGGUCCGGUAGCGCAGCCGAUGCCGAUGGACGGGCAGGCACGCGCUGCGAGCAGCAGGUCCUCGCUGGCACAGCCGCAGGACGAGGGGGCCUCCGAGGCACCGCGGGGCGUGGAGCUGCUUGCCGCCAGCGUGGUCUCGGCGGCGGUGCUGCCGCUCGAUGCGCAGGCGGGGCAGCACGCAGACGUCGACAGGCUCUCCGCCACCGAUGCGUCCGCCGCGGAGGGCGAGAAGCCGGAGGUGGCAACCAGGGGCGCCUCAGAGGUGCAGCCUGCGGGCGAGCAGGCGCGGCCCGCCAGCAGGGGCUCCUCGGGCGCGCGGGCGGUCCCUGCCGCCGGCGAGGGCGCCUCGAGGGCGCAGCCGACCGAGGAAGAGCCGACCGCAGCGAGCAAGGCGACCUCGGCAGUGCUGCCUCUGGACUUGUCCGCGGCACGAGGGGCGAGCGAGGGGGCCUCGGCUCUUGCGGGGAGGCCGCCCGCGCCGGCCUCGAGGGAGGCGGCGAUGAUGCGGACACUGAAGACGAACUCCGGCGCCACGAAGCAGGAGGUCGCCAGCUUCGCGCAGUCCCUCACGAGCUCCAUCUUCAAGAACACGCACAAGAGCGUGGCGAGCCGCGCCCGCAGCACCGGCAGCUCUGUCCACGGCGCGGGCGCGCGCCCCCCGCGCCCCGACGCCGCGCCGUCCUCCUCCUCGUACAGCCCGCCGCCCGUGAGCUCCCGGCCUCCCAGCGCCCGGCGUCGCGCCGCGGCAGCAAUCGAGGCCGUGCCAGACGACCACCAGUAGCUCUUCAUUGCCUGGGGAAGUCAGGUCUGGUCGGGAAGGGCGUUCGAACUGCCAGUUCAUCAUGUGGCGCGCUCCAAGAAAAGGGGCGACGCGCCAGUGUAAAUUGCCUUCGUGCUUAGAUAUCAGCCUUGGCUCAGUUGUCUGGCCGCUUCCAGAGUGUUUCACGCCGCCGUCCCUGUGGUGAGCUAGCUCUGACCGCGCUGCGGAA